CUUAUAAAAAAAAUCUACUCCGUGCUAGCUUUUUGUUUGUAACUGACAUCAAGGCAGAGUAGUUGAUUUUAUUUUUUAAAUAUCAAGGUGACCAUGCUGUUCUGUGUGUCAGAAUCAAGAACGUAGCAGUAGCUGUGACAAAAGCAGCUAGACUUCACCUAUUUCAAGCACAAGAAUGGCAGAAGCUGCAGAACAGUAUCCAAGAUCACAGCUGUACAGAGAAGUUCUCUAAAGCUCAGCUGACAAUGACUGUGAACCACACAGAGCAAAAUCUGACAGUGUCCCAGAUUCCUUAUCCGGAAACAUGGUAUGUGUUUUAUGUAGACAAGUUUACCUGCGAGGAGAAUUAUUCUGAAUCCGAGGAUAUUCAGUUUGAAAUGAUCUUACUAAACCCAGAUGCAGAAGGGAAUCCAUUAGAUCACUUUAGCGCAGGGGAAUCUGGAUUACAUGAAUUCUUUUUCCUGCUUGUCCUAGCAUACUUUGUAACUGCUUGCAUAUAUGCACAAUCCCUAUGGCAAACAAUUAAGAAGCGUGGACCUAUGCAUACUGUAUUAAAGGUGUUGACAAUUGCAUUACUGUUGCAGGCUGGUUCAGCUUUUGCCAACUACCUGCAUUUCUCAAGUUAUUCUAAAGAUGGAAUAGGAGCACCUUUUAUGGGAAGUCUGGCAGAAUUGUGUGACAUAGUCUCACAGAUACAAAUGCUAUAUUUAUUGUUGAGUCUGUGUAUGGGUUGGACAAUAGGCAGAAUGAAGAAAUCUCAUGGCAGACCUCUUCAGUGGGAUUCCACUCCAACAUCUACUGGCAUUGCUGUAGUAGUUGUUGUUACACAGAGCUUUUUAUUAAUUUGGGAACAGUUUGAAGAUACAAAUCACCACAGCUACCAUUCACACCAUGGCUUAGCAAGCGGACUGCUUAUUGGCCUCAGAGUUUGCCUCGCUUUGUCACUGGCUGCUGGUCUUUACCAGAUCAUCACAGUGGAGAGGAGCACGCUGAAAAGGGAGUUCUAUAUCACCUUUGCCAAAGCCUGCAUUCUCUGGUUUUUGUGCCACCCAUGUCUUGCAACCAUUGCUGUAAUAUUCAGAGAAUAUCAAAGAGAAAAGAUUAUUACCAUAGGUGUUAUCCUCUGUCAGUGCAUCUCCAUGGUUAUCCUCUACAGACUUUUUCUAUCUCAUAGUCUAUAUUGGGAAGUAUCUUCACUGUCAUCAGUGACAUUGCCACUAACAGUAUCCUCUGGACAUAAAAGUCGACAUCACUUCUGAGAUAUUUAGGAAGAAUAUGUUAUGUAAUAAAUGUGCAAUAAUGACUUAAAUAUACAGGUAUUUUUGUCAUAGAUAUGUGAUACAUUGGUUUCACUGGAAAACUGAGUGAUAAUAUAAGAGCACUUCACAGAACUUUGGUCUGACAAGGUCCCUAGAUUAGUCUGUUAGAAGUAUUGUGGAGUGAAAAAAUCCAUCUUUUGAAUAAUUUUAUAAAUACUGUUUAUGUCUAGUAUGUGGUGCUGAGCUGUAUCACAGAAAAGUACAAUGAAUCUUUUCUCUCCCAUUCACAGACACAAAAAAAAGUCCUUACUUUAUAUCAAUAAAUACUAGGUUUGAAGGUGUUAUAAAAUGCAGUUCUUAAAACAUCUACAAGCUCAAACAAGCCUGAAAUAGGCCAGUUCGUGAAAUUGGUGUGAUGCGUAACGAUGAGUACAAGUUCUUUUAUUUUCAUGCUUUAGAGAAAAUGCAUUUUGUCUAUAAGCAUAAAAGAAGGGGAAACAAAAGAGGGAGAGUCCUCUAGAAAAUACAUGUAAAAUGUUCACAACUGACUGCAAGAAACUUUCCUUUAUUAUUGGUGUAAAA